GCAUCGCCGCCGCGUUUGGAGCUCUCUACUUCUCAAAGCUCUCGUACCCGUCGGUCACCGACCCCUGACCCCACCCCAGUCACCAAAACCCAAGUGUUCCAAGUUCCUGUACCAAAGAAAGGCUGCGAUAUCCACCAUGUGCGAUACGUUGGAUACGCGGGCAUUACUGCCCAAUGGCUUGAUAUCAUUCUUGGCUGAAGGCAAACCUUGGUCUGCUGAGGAUUUUACACAAGAAUUGACCCAAAAGAGCAGUGGCUGGUCGUCUAACUUCGUCACGCCCGACCGUUCGGCUACUUUCAACAAGACGAACUCUGAUGACUUAAGCUACCAGUGGUCUGGAUCGGCCAAAAACUCUCCGUCGUCGCCCAUGAGCCCGGCGCCCGGGGAGAAUGCUAUGGACAAUACCCUGGCAUCACUGGCGUCAGGAUGGUCCCUAUUUACUUCAUCUGUCAGCAAAGCCGCUCGCACCGCCACUGAGAGUGCCGUACGUUACGGAGGCAUCGCAUCGCAGAAAGUGACAGAAAUGGCUUCUACCGUAACCGAAAGGGUGAACAACCGAGCGGGGUGGAGCACGUUGUCGGGAACAACGGAGCAAAGACGAGGAUCCGAAAAUUUGGGCUCCUACCAGGCUGGGUAUGGCGCAAUGAAGUCCUCAACCUCGGAGCCCUAUGCGUCAUGGAACGAACAGUUGCAACCGUGGAAAGAGUCGGUUGCAGCACGAAACAACUUGGACACCCGCGAUCUAUCGCAAGUGGGCGUGUCCAGUCCACCGCCGGAUAUAAAGAACCUCACCAUAAAAAAGAAGAAUGGAUCAGAUGAGGAUUCUUGGGAUUGGCUUAACAACUAAGCUACCAAGUUUCCAACCAGAGUAAGGCUGCGGCGACAAGGAGGCUGCCAGUUUAAUUUCCACGUCACACCUUGAUGAUUUUUGAAUCUGUCAAUGUUUCAACCGCAUAGUUCAAUUAGCCUUUUAAUUUGUUGUAACUAAUGCUCCCAUAUAGGUAUUACAAUUUAUAAAGGGCUAACCUAAUACCUGACCUACGUAGUAGGAUUUUGAAAUGAAUGUGUGUAUUGUUCAUCUUGUAAAAGAAGACAAAGUAUCAACUGCUUAGAAACAAAAGUCCUGUUAUAAGGUUGACAAUUAAAAGGCUGUUUGGCUAGUUGGCUGAAGCUAAUGUAGAAUCUAUGCGACUGUAAAUUAAUGGAAUUACAGUACUGCGU